AUGUCAUACGGAAGCAUUUCAAUUGAAGAUACAGAAUCAAAGAGCAUCCAGACCAAAAGUAAAAAUGAUGGUGUGAAAAUCACAGCCAUUGAGUCACCUUCAUCAAUCGAAACAGAUCAAGUUGCCAAAAAUCCGUUCUUAGAUCCCAAAGUUGAAGAGUAUUAUCGUAAACUAUAUACCGAAUCCAAAUAUGAAUGUUAUUCAGCCUUUGAUCCAGAGUUUCAAUGGACCGAAGAAGAGGAAAAGAAGGUUAUCAAGAAACUUAACUUGCGGGUUGCGGUGGCGGCUUGUAUUUUGUUUGUCGGUUUACAAGUUGAUAGAGGUAACUUGGCUCAAGCGGUCACUGAUAACUUGUUGGAUGAUUUGGGUAUGACUACCAAUGAAUAUAAUGUCGGUAAUACAAUUUUCAGAGUCUCGUUCUUAUUAGCUGAAAUCCCCUCGCAAUUGAUUUCCAAAGCACUUGGUCCAGAUAUUUUCAUUCCUAUACAAAUUUGCACGUGGAGUGUGGUAGCUAUGUUUCAAGCUGGUUUGAGGGGUAAAUUAUCAUUCUACAUUACUCGUGCAUUAAUUGGUGCUUUAGAAGGAGGGUUCAUUGCUGACUUAGUUUUGUGGUUAAGCUAUUUCUUUACUAGUAAAGAAUUACCAGUUAGAUUAUCUUGGUUCUGGACUACUUUGUCCUUGGUUCAAAUUGGAACUUCAUUACUUGCUUUUGUUGUUUUGAGAAUGAGAGGAAUUGCUGGAUUAGAAGGAUGGAGAUGGUUGUUCUUGAUCGAAGGAAUCUUCACUUUAUUUAUUGGGGCUGCUUCAUUUUAUAUGAUGGUUCCAUCUGCAGUUCAAACAAGAAAUUGGUUACACCCUAAAGGUUGGUUCAAUGAAAGGGAGGAAAAGAUUGUAGUCAAUAGAAUCUUGAGAGAUGACCCUACUAAAGGUUCAAUGCACAAUCGUCAAGGUCUCACCCCUAAAAUGAUUCGCAGAAGUUUGUUAGAUUAUCACCUCUGGCCCAUCUUUGCUAUUGGUAUUAUUGCAUUCAUUGGUCAGAGCACAUUUGGAUCAUACUUUGGUCUCUUGAAUAGACAAUUAGGAUUCUCAGUGUUUGAUACCAAUCUUUUAACUAUUCCGCCGGCUAUAAUUCAUAUUAUUUUCUUGUUACUGAUCACUUGGUUGUCGGAACGCAUUAACGAAAGGUCAUGGGUUUGUGUCUUAGCUCCACUUUAUGCAACUCCAUUAAUUGCAAUUAUCAGAUGGUGGCCAGGUGCAGGUAUCAAGGUAUGGCCAACCUAUGUUUUGAACACUUUAUAUCUUGGGCAACCUUAUAUUCAUGCUAUUUGUGUUUCUUGGGUAUCUAGAAAUUCGAACUCCGUUAGAACAAGGUCGGUAAGUUCUGCACUUUAUAACAUGUUUGUCCAAUUGGGAAGUGUUAUUGGGAUGAAUAUUUACCGAACAGAUGAUGUACCUUUAUACCAUCGUGGUAACAUGCAGUUGUUUGUCAUUACGGCUGCAUUGAUUCCUCUCUUAAUUUUGACCAAAUACUAUUACGUCUAUCAAAACAAAAGAAGAGAUGGAAUUUGGAAUUCUAUGACCGAGGAUGAAAAAGAUUUCUAUAGAAAGAAUACUACUGAUGAUGGUUCAAAUAGAUUGGACUUUAGAUUUUCACAUUAG